AUAUUAUAGAUGGAAAAAUACAACGUUGUAAUAAUCAAGCAAAUCGACCUCUAAAACAACUCGUAGGAAUCUGGAAGUUAGAUUUCAAUGAAGUGAAUUCCGCAUUAAAUUUAGGACUAAAAAAUGCAUUAGAGUUUCUUGGCGUAUGUAACAAAGAUGGUCAUAUUUUUCAACAACGAGGAAAAGGCACAACACGAUUUUCUUGUUCGGAUAAACAUCAUGAUGAUACUACCAACUCAUUAUAUAUCUUAGGACAAUGGAUUCAGGAAAUUGCAAGUACUUCUAAAAAGUCUAUUCAAAAUAUGCUUUUACAAGAAAUGACGUCAAUACUUGUUAGAUUUUUUCAAAGAAAAACAAACAAUGAUAAUGAAAAAAUAGAAACAUCGCAAUCAAAACUUCCUAGCUUUAUUGCAUUUAAAACAGCACUUCGAUUAAAAAAAGUCAAUAUUAAAAGGCUUCAAAAGGCUCAAACAUAUU